AUGAUCCAUCCAAAGAAGCUUGCUCAGCUGGCCAAGAAGUUCAAGCGGAUAGCUGCCGGAGCCGGUGCCCGCCGCUGGCAGCAUGCCUCAAACACCGCCGACGACGAAUGCUGCAGCACAACGUCGUCUAUGGUUGCUGAUGAGGGCCACUGCAUAGUGUACGCCGCCGACGGAGAACGGUUCGAGGUCCCUUUGGCGUACCUUGGGACGACGGUCUUCGCUGAGCUCCUGAGGAUGUCCGAGGAGGAGUUUGGCUUCGCCAGCGGCAGCGAUGGAGGCAGGAUCAUGAUGCCCUGCGAUGCCACGGUGAUGGAUUCGCCGUAUAGAGUACUGAAGAAAGUUUGUCGGUAUGAUAUGUGGGGGAAGGAAACAGGAGAGGAUGUGCCUGACCAGAAGGUGGCAGAACGCGGUGAUGGCGCAGCGAAGGGAAUGCGGAUGGAGGAUUAG